AGCUAAUGUUUUGUAGAAACCGGCGUCUCCCUGAAACUGAUGUGCUCAUCGGUGCUCAUGUGACUUGUUUUUCUCUCGUAGAAAAAUGUUAUGUCCGUUCAGUACAACACACCAGGCUGUCUUAACCAAGAGUAUUUUGUUGUUUGAACCCCUUCUCAAGGUUCAGUAAGGUGAAGAGACAAACUCACUCAGUUUCAUCUUCAUCAUCUUACUAACAGGCUUUGCAGUGUUGUGAAUCUGAGCAUCAAUAACUCUUCAGGUUUCCUGACACCAUGGCUGAGUGACAUCAUUUUACUGACUUAGUAUUUCCUGGCCAGCCGAGUACCAUGCCGCUACCAAAUGGCUACUCCAUCAACUCAGCUGCUUCGCACGAGAGUGAGGACAGGGAACCUCUCAUUAAGAAUGAUGCAGUGCCUCCCCAGUGCUGCUCGGCUCGCCUCAACCUGGCCGUCCUGAUGUUCUUUGGCUUCACUGUUGUCUACGGCCUUCGUGUGAACCUCAGUGUUGCAUUGGUAGCCAUGGUGAAUACCACUGACCCCAAACCAGCCCAGAACACUUCUGUCAUUCAUGCAUGUCCACUGCCACCAGGGAUGGAAAACACCAGUGAUACUUUCCAACAACCUGAGGGGACCCCGCAGUACCCGUGGGACUCGGAGACUCAGGGCUGGCUGCUGGGAGCCUUCUUCUUCGGCUACCUGUGCACACAGAUCCCAGGGGGCUACCUGUCCGGUCACUACGGGGGGAAGUUGUUCCUGGGUUUGGGUGUCCUGGGUACGGCUGUCCUCACCCUGCUCACCCCUCUGGCUGCCCAGCAGGGGUCCUACUGGCUGUUUGCACUACGAGCAUUGGAGGGCUUUGGAGAGGGUGUGACGUUCCCAGCCAUGAUGGCGAUGUGGGCUCGAUGGGCACCUCCUCUGGAGCGCUCUCGCCUAAUGACCCUCUCAGGAUGUGGGGGCAACUUUGGGGCCUUUGUGGCUCUACCGCUCACCGGCUACAUCUGCCAAACCUUGGGCUGGCCCGCUGUUUUCUACCUCUGUGGGAGUGCUGGUUGCCUCUGGGCAUUCUUUUGGUUUAUCUUUGUAUCUGAUGACCCUCGUACCCAUCGUCGAAUCAGCAAAGAGGAGAGAGAUUACAUCAUAAACUCCAUUGGCUCUCAGGGUACAGGUCAUGGCUGGUUCGUGCCUGUGCUCUCCAUGCUGCUGUCGGCCCCUCUGUGGGCCAUCAUCGUCACCCAGAUGUGCUCAAACUGGUCCUACUACACCCUGCUCACCUCCCUGCCCACCUACAUGAAUAACAUCAUGCACUUUGACAUCCAGUCGAAUGGUUUGCUCUCCGCUCUGCCGUACCUCGGUGCUUGGUUGGUCUCGACGCUGUCUGGUGUCCUAGCAGACUACCUCAUUGAGAGGAAGGUGUUCAGCGUCACCGUUGUACGCAAACUGUUUACACUCGCAGGUCUGUUGCCAUGUGCAGCUUUCCUCGUGGCUGUGAGUUACGCCGGCUGUAGCCACAUCCCCGCCGUCACCUUCCUCACACUCUCCACAACCAUAGGAGGCUUCAGUGCCUCUGGAGUCUUCAUCAACCAAAUAGACAUCGCUCCUCGGUAUGCAGGAUUCCUUCUGGGAAUCACCAACACAUUUGGCACCAUUCCUGGAAUCGUGGCACCGAUAGCUACAGGAUACUUUACUGGGGAUCACACCCUGGCAGGCUGGAGAAAGGUGUUCUGGGUGGCAGCCGGGAUCAACGUCUUCGGCGGUCUAGUCUACACCGUAUUUGGCAGCGGGAAGAUCCAGCCGUGGGCCAUCACAGAGGAAGAGAGAGAUGCUGAGAAAAGGAGCGCGUCCAUCUCCACAUAGAACAUAAGCAUGCAGACAAAUGCCUGAUGUAGCACAGCUUUAGUAGUUAGCAGGGUACAAAAAGGGCACCAGCUACCAGCCAAAUGCUGGUAAAAUUGCUUCACUCACCAGAUGAGAACAUCAAUCUAUUUUGAGUAUCAUUCACUAGUCAUUUGACCGGUGGAGAGAAUUUAAUUUUGGCCCCUGGUAGUUAGCAGUUCAGCAGUGUACAGAAAAAGGAGAUUUAGAGGUUAAUGUAGUAUUCACACUUUAGUGUGAAUACUACAUUUAGCAUCAAGAAUCAUUUCAAGUGUUUGCGGAGUUUCUAUAUAAUAUGUAUGUACUUGGAGAGAUUAUACUCAGGCGAGCGUUUAAACAAAAAAUAACUUCUUCUUUAAAGUUAAAGCUGGGGUUGGCAAUUUAUUUCAGAAGCUUUUUUUGGUUAUUUGUUGAAAUUCUCUUUACAUCCUGACGGCUAUCAAUAAAUCAAAUGCUCUGACACAAAUCAGGUAUCUGUGGCUGUCACAGAAAAUCUGGCUGGAUCUUGCUAGUUUCUCCAGCAUUGCCUACCCCAGCUUUUCAUAGAUUUUCUUAGAAAUAUGAUUAAGUUUACCAUAUAUUGCUACUGCUUUCAUCCAAAAAGGGGUGGGGCCUGACACACGGGCAAAGUACUUGGAUGUGCUGCGCUCAUCCAUUAGAUAAACAUUGUGAUUGGCUGGAGACGGGGUCAGGUUGGCUGGAAAUCUGAACGGGAGGGGGACCAGACUCAUCUGCCAGAGCAAAUAAAUACAAUAAAACAUGAGCUUGCAGGUUCCCAGACUGAGUAAGCAGUGUUACGAGAACUGCAGAUGGAUGUUCACAUAAAAGUAGACAAUUUACACAUGAAUCAACAUCUGCUGCAUAUUCACUGCCUUUACCAAUCAGGAAAUUGUGAAUACUUUAACUCUAGUUUUGUUACUGUUGUUAAAUGUCUUUGAAGCAUAGUUAAAUGGACAACUCUUGUAACUUUUACAUUAUAAACGGUGAUAUUUGCAUUGUGUAGUACAUAGACUACACAUUGACUCAGGAUAGACUUAUUUCAUGUUUUUCUAGAACUGUGAACAAUAUGGGACCCAAUAUUUAAUGACUACAGAGUAGAAGUAUUACCCACAGACCUUUUACUGCUGUGUUUACAAGUGUUGUGUUUUCUGACCACUUUUAAACUGUCCAGUUGGGCCAAAAGAAGCACUUUUCUACACCAAAAGCCUUGUAUUUCAUAACAGUGCCAAUAAUUUGCAAAAUAUUUCAAGGACAUGGUUUUAUCCAGUCUUUAGAACGCUAUGGUUCUUUAGUUUCAUCUAGAAAACCAAAGCACCUUCCACUACCAGAAUAUUUUGGUGGUCAUGAACAAUGACUUAGUCUUUGUAAGAAAUGUGGAUUUGCAGUGUUUGAAUUGUUUGAGUUUAAAUGUCUCAUCAAGAAGCCUGUUUUGUUGUUCAAUUACAAUAAUUAUAUAGAAAGUACAAACGAUGAACUAUGUAUGUCAAAGUGCACUUUCACUGUGAAGAUGCAAUCAUUUGCUUUCUCCGUGCUUAGAAAAUUUGCAAUGUUGCACAAAUAUGUAAAAUGUUUAUGCUCGACUUUGUAUGUUGUGAAAAUAAACUUUUGUUUUUAAGUAAAACAAA